AUGCCAUCGCAAGAACCUUUCGCAGUAGCCCUAGUAGGCGGCGGCCUCACCUCUCUCACCCUAGCCAUUGCUCUCCGCAAGAAGAAAAUCCCCUUCAAAAUCUACGAAGCUCGCUCCUCUUUCACCGAACUCGGAGCAGGCAUAAACGUCGGCCCCAAUAGCUCCACUGCUUUACGACUAAUCGAUGAGGAUCUCGCGGAAACUUUCUUCAAGAUAGCAAGACAGAAUCCUGCCGGCAAAGAACAUGUGUACCUUGAUAUCCGGCUCGGCGCACCAAGUGGCGAGUUCAAAGACGGCGAGGUAGUAGAGACGUUAUUUGCGCCUCCUACUGGUAAUACGACUGUAGGACGGAAUCUUCUGCUUCAAAUGCUUGCAGAGCGGGCUGGACUGACCGAAGGGCCUGGGAAGGAAGAUGCUGUCUUUAACAAAAAAGUCGCCACUUACUCCCAAGAUUCUUCCGGAGUCAUUUUGUCCUUCUCAGACGGCACGACAGCGGUGGCAAGUGCGAUCAUAGCCUGCGAUGGCAUCCACUCCACAAUCCGACACAUUCUUCUCGGCUCCGAGGACCGGGCUAGUCAACCUCAUUUCUCACAUACAGGCGCCUAUCGGGCUCUCCUCCCUACAGCCCAACUGGAGAAGCUCCUCGGUAAGGAACGGGCAUAUAGCAGUCAAGCGGUUAUCGGACCAGGCGGUUAUGUAAUUUAUUACCCCACCACCGCCACGACUAUGAACAUCGGUUUCUGGACUCGGCGUAACGAUCGCGAGUGGGAUGAGGAAGCAAGUUGGCUCUUACCUGGCCAAGGAAAGCAGAUGAGGGAGGAUUUUACCUCGUGGGGCCCUGCAGCAAAGGGAUUAAUGGAUCUAGUUCUCGAGAAGGAAGGCGAGGACCUACCCUUCUGGAGUGCAUGGCAUCAUGCUGUUCAGCCAGACAGAUUUUGGCAAGGGCGCGUGGCGUUGAUAGGCGAUGCGGCGCAUGCUAUGCCGCCGCAUGCCGGGGCUGGAGCUGGGCAGGCGAUGGAGGAUGCGUUUGUUAUGUCUGAGGUGCUUGGAUGUAUUUCUGCGUGCGAACAUGCUGCGUCGAUUGAUACGGAGAUGCAGAAGAGGAUUGAGGUGGCGUUUGGGGUGUAUGAGACUAUCAGACGGCCACGGUCGCAGGCUGUGCUUGAGACUAGUGAGGCGAAUUUCGAGUUGUGGGCGGACCUAUACGACGAUGCACCGAUCUCGCACGAACGACUCAACGUCUGGCGACAGAAAGUCAAGACGGCGUUUGAGGGAAUCUGGAGACAUGAUCUCGAGGUCGAUGCUGUCAAGGCGCGGGAGAUGAUCAAGACGGCAUUGCAAUUGCGAUUAUCAGUAGAUUAUCUCCAUGUCAUCAAUACCCAAACUGUGUAG